AUGGCUUCGGUUCCAUACCGCGACUUUGCUUCUCAGGGUCGCAUGUUGGUCUCGGAUGGAGGUGCAUGGUCCGCUUGGGCAACCCAUUCGGACAUAACUUGUACCACGAUCGAAUGGGGGUGGUGUGGAAAAUGUAUCCAAUGUCGUCACCCCUGGUCAUCCAUCUACGAAUCGUGGUACAAAAUCGUGUUGUCUGCCAACGUCUCUGUGCCCAUCGACACCCAUAACCGACCCACAUCGCUCACAUACGGGUUCUCAUACACUCUCGCUUGGGCUGCCUCCGGGUCCUAUUACGGGAUGGAUUUAACCUCAAUAAUGCAUGUUGGCAACGAUUCUUACCUUCAGACUUUUCAACCCUACGCAUAUUCUUUUCUCACUAGCCAAAAUGAGACUGGCCAUACCAUUUCUCACUGGGGUACUAUUAACGUUGAGGAUAAUGAUUAUCCCUUUGCCUACGUUCCAAUGAGGAUCGAAAUAACGUUCCUUGGUGCCCCAUAUACGUAUUACUUUGUGAAGAAUCCCGGCUUCUUGAUCACGUCUCCCACCGGAUCCAAUGGCCUUUUCAUCGGAUCUCCACCUCCUGGCCUGAAUCCUGAGUCUGGGAAGACCCAGAAUCGGGUAGGAGUAAUUGUAGGGUCCAUUGUAGGCGCUACCGUGCUCGCACUCGUUGGAAUCUUUGUGUGGAUUCGUCUUCGAAGGCGUACUUCAAGAGAACAUGUUCAGCAACCCACAACGACACCUGGUGUUGAAGAUGCCAGGACAAUGGCCAACACAGCUACAGCUCCUGCGACGUCUUAUUACUAUGGUGCCGAUGAAUCACGAAUGUCUACCGUAUCGGCAUGGCCCAUCCCCUCUUCCCCGGGGCAAACAUACACAGAUAUACAAAUCCCCAAACCAGUCCCUGCAUUUUCGGGAGAGCAACAGCAACAGGAUCCACCUCGUGACAUGUCGGAUACAUCGUCCAUCAUAACAAGACCCCCUGCAUACGACCCAGCACACCCAGUACGAACGCGGGCUACUUCGCCACCAUCAUGGUCGCGCCAUGCUUCGACGAGUAGUGGAGCUCCUCUGCUACAUCGAACUUCAACGGUGCCAGAGGAGGUGGCUGAGGAGACGGGGUUGGCGCAAUGGGCGCGCAUACAUCGAACCCAAAUUCCAGCAAGGUUGGAAGCCAAACUUGCCUCUGCUGGGUAUGUUCCUACCGAUAAUCCAGACGGCAUCCCCGAGGAGGAGUGGCUACAGGAAUACGGAGUGACAAAGUUUGAGCUGGCAAGAGUUCGGGCAUUGUAUCAGAAGGUGUAA